CUUACAGUGACAGCGAACUGGCUGUUACCAUCUCACCAGCAUCAUCAAUAACAUUAUAGAGCCAGUGCAUUUUGAGAUUCAAUUCUGGCAAUCGAAUCCGCCUUGCCAACAUCCGCCUAGAAAAACAGAGUAUCCCCGAACUACACACGCACUUUAAUGUUGGUUUGUGGAUUUGACUGGUCUAUACGCAGCGUAAUAUUGAAUAGACAAGGCCGAAUUAAUAUUAUGGGCUUACUAUGUCGGAUCUUAUUAUAGUAACUACCACUUCACCUGACUCCCUGGUCUUCACUGACGGAACUACAUAACUAAUUUAUUAUAUAACCUUUCACCUGUCAACCUGGAACUCCGGAAACUUUGGAACCUAUUUCCAAAGCCAAUUCUCUGAUGACAACUCCCUGCUACGUGGAAAGAAAAAUCAAGUUGGAGACUUUGUAUACCGACAAAUUACAAUGCCGUCAGGGCUUGGCGAAAUGCAGCCCAUCGACGUUGGUUGCAUGGCAAGGUUGAUGGAGCCACCCCUCAAUGCUCAACUUGCAUCCAGGUGUGAUGAUCCCCCAGAGUAUAUUUGGUACAUACAAAUAUAGCUUCCGUUAUCCCGAUUCCCUUUUGGUUCGCUCAGCCUCGUCAUACUUUCAUGUUAUCGGGUAGGUAAGGUUAUAUAUGACAUCGUCGAAACCAUAAUUGACUGUCGCUCUGGUCCAGACCUUUCGCGCUCACCAAGCAAUAAUUAGGAUCUUGACCUCUGUCGAAUCUUUGUCCUUGUCAAAAGACGCUGCCGGCUUAGUGUGGAAUAUAGCCUAUGUGAAGUGAUAGAGAGGACUUUGCAAUCAUCAUGCGGCUCAUUUCACCUUACAUCGCACUCUCCGUCUAUCUCGUUCCCCUUUCCCUAGCUCUCCAGGAGAAAAUCUGGAGUUCCGUGGUCUACACAUUCUAUGGCGAACACAGUCCUCAUGCACUGCCUUACCCCAUAACAUUAACUCCAUUGGGCGCCCAGCAAUUGGUAGAGGUGGGAUCAACCUUCCGAGGUCGUUAUCUGGACAACGUCGAGACGAGGAUUGGAGGUUUAUCACUCCAUAUGCUGGUGCCGGGUGAAAUCACUGUCCUCGCAAGAACAGAGCCGGCCGCGGUUGCUUCAGCUGAGGCGUUCAUGCAAGGAUUCUAUCCGCCGGUGCCAAACUCGUCCGGUAACACCACAAGUCGGGACCUAGCAGACAUGGUGAAUGGGACCGCCGUGGACUUCCCACUCAAUGGAUAUCAGUAUCCGCAAAUCCUCACACUAGGCUUUAGGGACCCGAGUAGUGUUUACAUUGCUGGCCAGGUCAACUGCGUAGCUUACGGUGCUGUGCUUUUGCAGUGGCUAACCAGCGACGAGGCCCGCUCGAUGGAUGCACAAAGUUCCGCGUUCUAUUCUGAUGUCUAUUCCCGUGCUCUGCAGGGCGUGUUUGCAAGGGAGGACGUCAGUUUUCUCACUGCAUUCCCGAUUUAUGAAUAUCUCAACUAUCAACAUAUUCACAACUCGACUGCCCAGAGCGUAAUUUCGCUAGACGACGUCAACAAUGCACGCUAUCUUGCAGAUAAAUGGGUGUCCGUAGCAAAUGGCAACACUGAGGCAGGCGGAAGUGACGGUACUGAGGAUCACAAGAUCCUUUCUGUGGCCGGUCAAACGCUAGCGAGGUUCGUCGUCAGUGCCUUUGAGACGAAUUACCGCACAGGCGGUGCUGAGGGCAAGCUGUCGUUACUCUUCGGCAGUUUUGAACCCAUGGUGGCCUUUGCGUUCCUGUCCAAAUUGGCGUCUGACCGCCAGAGAAACUUUUACGGCCUUCCCAACCCGGGAGCUUCGAUCGUCUUUGAGCUUUUCAGCAUGGAAUCCAACUCCUCCGCCGAUGAAUACCCUCUUUCAACUGAUCUAAUGGUCCGCUUCUUUCUCCGCAACGGAACGGAUGCAUCUGACGCCUCCACACCGUUGGUAUCGUACCCUCUCUUCGGCCGUGGUCCCGAGCAACCCGGCAUGCCAUAUCAAGAAUUCAAGGAUGAAAUGGUGAAUAUCAUGAUGUCUGUCUCGGAAUGGUGCCUUACCUGUGGCGGCGACACUAGCGUAUUCUGCCCCGCCUACGCUCCGGACUCUAGAAAUAAUGGCCGCGCGGGCCCACGGUCUUUGCGACCCGCAGUUGCGGGAGUGAUUGGUGCUGUGGUCGGUUUAAUCGUGGCAGGGCUUAUCGUCGCCUUUUCCUGCUGGGCUUUUGGGCUUCGUAUACGUCGGAAGGCCACGCGUCGCAGGUUUGACCUUGGCGGGUUCAAAGGCGGAAAUAAACUCGCGAGCGACCUUGAUCUGGUGGGUGGAAAUGUCAAGAAAACGGGCCACCCGACCGCUGGUAUUAUUGUCCCGCAGGGGGACGGUGAUUGGACUAACUCAGGUCCGGCCGGUUCCCGUGGCGAUGAGAGAGUUGGUAGCUGGGAAAUGUGGAGCAAAAUGACAGCUACUACAGGUUCUGAUAUUGACUCUAGUAAUAGCGAUGCGAAUCCAAAUAUUGAAGAUUCACGAUCGCGGCGGAGUUGGGAAGAUGAUGAUCCCGCAGUCACUGCCAUCGCCGAACCUGUCAAAGUUCAUGAACAUGUUUGAGAGGCACAAGCACCGGCUUCAAUGUUUCGCUGGAUCGGUAAUUAGGAGAAAUGUUGUGCCUUUUGGCUUUUGUUCGUUCUUUUCUCACCCCUCUCCCUCUUUCGAAGAGGAGGCAUCGUUCAUUAACCCAUAAAACACGCGCCCCUCAGAAUUACAGCAGCAUUCCCUCCCAAUGUUGAUCUCAGCUCACUUUGAUACCCAUCUCAGUCACUCGUUCCCAUUUGGCGUUGGGCUAUACAAAAUCAUUUGCAACAAUCUUGAGCACAGAACUGCCAUGAUUAGGCAUCAUAAUACUGCUUAUUAUUUUUGUCUUGCAGCUUACGUAUCCCUUCCAACAUUGGCAUCUGGCUAGAUAUACUUUACUCCUGCUGCCAGAUUUCCAUCAAAAUAAUGUACAUGUAUUUGUAAG